GUGAAGGACCUGCCCGGCGCCCCGCUAUUUAUUCGCCCCCCACGCCCCCUUCCUCCUCCGCCCCGCUCUUUCCCGCGCCGCGGGCGGGCCAUGGCUGGCGGCGGUGCGGUCGGCCCGGCGGACGAGCACUGAGGGCGGACUGAGUCCCCCUUGUCGUCGGGGCGCGACCGCACAAUGUCGGCCGUCGCGUACGUGGACUUCGUGGCGGCGCAGUGCCUGGUCUCCAUCUCCAACCGCUCCGCCGUGCCGGAGGCGGCGCGGCUGAAGGUGCCGGACGAGGGGGAGGCGGCCCGGGAGCUGCGCGACCCCCGCGACGCCUGGAAGGACUACUGCGCCCUGCUGGCCAUCGCCAAAAGCCUCCUGGAGCUGAACAAGUACCGGCCGCUGCCCGCCCCCUCGGUCUGCAGUGACAGCGUGGAGAGCCCCGACGAGGACGCGGGCUCCGACAGCGACACGGCCACCGAGCAGGGCUCCAGCCCAUCCCGCAGCCCCCCGCCGGGGCCGCCCCCCCGCCUGCACGCCGCCGGGGCCGCCCCUAAGGGGAAGCUAGCGGCUGAGAAGCGACACAAGUGCCCCUACAGCGGCUGCGGCAAGGUCUACGGCAAGUCUUCCCAUCUCAAGGCGCACUACCGGGUGCACACAGGUGAGCGACCAUUCCCCUGCACGUGGCCCGACUGCCUUAAGAAGUUCUCCCGCUCAGACGAGCUGACGCGGCACUACCGGACCCACACCGGAGAGAAGCAGUUCCGCUGUCCCCUCUGUGAGAAGCGCUUCAUGCGCAGCGACCACCUGACCAAGCACGCCCGCCGCCACACUGAAUUCCACCCCAGCAUGAUCAAGCGAUCCAAAAAGUCCAGCUCCAGCAGCUCCUUGUGAAGGCAGGGCUGGCCCUGGGGGAGGAGUGGGGAAGAGGCAGGCUGUGGUGGGGAUGCAGGCAGUGGUACCACAGCACGAGAAUCCACUGCGUUGCCGGUCACCCUCGCUGCCCAAAAGCACAUGUAGCCGGCAUUAAAACAAAAAAGUACGCAACAUCCCCCUCCCCAUCUUCCACCUCCUGGCUCUGCCCUGAGAACAACAGUCCGGAACAAGUGGACUGUGGGGUGAGAGGAGGGAAGGGGCAGCCAGUGAGGAGGUGAGCACCUCUUUCUUGCACGGCAAUACGUCGAUACUGGUGUACAUACAAAUGACUGGGCGGUCUGGCCUGUGCCACCACAGUAGCAUGACCCCAAAGUCUUUGUGAUUGCUGUGUCAUGAACAUGUUUUGUUGAACAGUGUAAUGCUGCUUGUAUUUAGAGUCUGUCGAGUAAAAACACUUUCUGAGUCACAUAAAUAACUCAGAUAAAAACUCCAUAGCACACUGUAGAAGUGGGUUUACUGCUGUUAUCUUCUGCCAUCCUGCACUUAAAGAGACUA